AUGGCCAUGAACAGCAAUGACAAUGACAUUCAGAAUGAUGUGGAUGACCAGGACCACUGGUUUGAUACUACCAAAGAUGGUGUGAUUCGGAUACACACAGUCAACAACCCUGGAUCUGUCAGUGUUCAAGAUCUUGAAAUGCUGGUGCCUCCCCACAACACCAGCUUUAUUCCCUGCAAGGCAGCAAAACUCUCGUCUGACCUUGUGGAGUCAUAUUUGCAUGUGCAACUUUCUUUGGGGCUGAGGCUGUCUCCAAUGUCUUGGUCCUCACAACUCAAGAUGAGUACUUCCUUUCAAUGGGAAUAUUUCCCUGAAUUGCAGGGACCCAAUGGAAACAGGUUUUUUAACACGUCGGUUGCUGAACAGCUAAACUUGAGGCUCAAGGGCAUCAUCCCCAUCAUGCUCCCCCUCACCCAUUGUAGACUUAGACAGCCAAGUACAUAG